AUGGAACAGGAAAGUUCAGCAGAGUACACUGAGCAACUUCCCCCAGAAAGAUGGCAGGUUUCUUCCUUUGAUAAACCGUGACCUCUCCAAUUUGGAUCUGCAGACAUGCAACUUCCACUCACUAUGCUACUACUUGCGGAACUUCCAUUAUUAAUUGGUGAAGGGGAAGAAUCAUUUCCAUGCCUCCAUUUUGUUGCUGCUCCUAGUAUUGAUUCUGACGUCCAGGUGUUGUGAUUAGGUUUGCUAGAGCCAUGUUGAUUUGGAUGAGUAUGAUGCCAAUGCGUAUGAUGGAUACUUGCCAAAUCUCCCAUUGAUCGGGCACAUUGACAAUUGUGCUGUGGAGUUGGCGGAUUCGGUAUAUUUUCAUUUUCCAGCAUCUUGAGGUGGUUGAUCAGUUUCGUAAAGAGUUGCCAGUCUCCAAAGGUCAUUCCAAUCUCCCUUCGCAGAGAUUCAUUCAAACUGCAGACCGUUAAUACAGCCCCACUUAUGUUAAGAGCUCGAAGACGAAGAAAAUAAGCGGCUAUUGAAGUCGAUCGGGAGAUGAAUUGGGGAGUUGUCUGGUGUCUGUUAUUUUCAGUCGGAGUGUCGGAGGUAGAUUCGGAGUUAGUUCUUGUUCGAUGAGGACAAUGGUUGCUAUAUAGAUCGAUCAUAUCGUCAACCAAACGGCAGACGUCAUUCACGGUCAUUUUACUCAACGGCUUCCUUGGUACUCCAUUCUUUAAUCGCACUGGACAAGGUCUAACUGUUUUUGGAGGAUUAAUUGAUAUUGGCAGUAGUUCAAGGUCCCGAUCUCUUAAGGACUGCAAACUCCGGUGUACUAAAAAGGUAAUAUCAGACUGUAAUACUGCCGGUUAUUUGUAG